CGCAAUGACCUUGCAAAUGUCAAAAUAAUUGUGGAGUUUUUUGGGUAGUAGUGUCCCCCCGUGAGUUCAAUUGUGCGAAAAAAAGGUAAAUUACCGUGUGAAAGUGAGGGUGAAAGAGUAAGGAGGUGCUUCAAUGAGUCAUCCUUGAUGCCAGUGUGCGUGAAGUAGUGUCAAUAUCCACUGGAUUUUGCAAGAAUAAAAAUCACCUGCAAAGGUGUUCCUGUUGCCCCCCCAUCGCGCAAUUUCUCCGGGAUUUUCUGAUUUGCACAGUCCCAGAUGGAUCUUGUGGACAUUGACAAAGUUCUCGAUGACUUUGAGUUGAGUGACGAUCGCAGUGGUGCUGUGGGUAGCAUUGAGACAGCUGAAGAAGACACUUCCGGAAAGAGUAGACCUUUCCCCAAGCAAUUUGUCAAUGUCUCCAGUGUUUUUUCCAGCCUCAAUGACUAUGUCGGGGUGGAGAUUGCAGAAAAGGCUGCCCAGGAGGAGCCAGAAAAAAUUAAUGGGGAGACUGUGAGUGAGGAAUGUGUAGUUAAUUCUGUGGAGGAAGAAACAUUGGAGAGAAGUUCUGAAAUUGCCUUGUCUCUCACGACAACUUCGGAAAGUUCGUCAGAUCUGUCGAAUCCCUCGUUGAACACAACGGAAUUGAGCGAGGAUGGAUUGUCGCUUGAACCGGGAACGAGAGUUUCUAAUAUGCUGACGCUAGAAUCCUCAUCUCUCUGCAUUGACAAUGAGAUAUCCUCCUCAAUUCUGCCUAGUCGAAACUUUGGCAACAAUCUCACGAGUUUAUCGAAGAUAACAGAAACUGAUGAUGCUGCCUCGGAUGUAUGUGAGGGAUCUGAGGUGAAAGAAGAGGAGAUUGUCCCUCAAGCUCCAACAAAAAUUCCCGUGGGCUUUGAAGAAACAAUGGAUGAUGUGUCAGACACAGAACUCGAAAGUUAUCUGCAGGAACUGGAAAAUGAGUCAAUAAGGGAGACUGAACAGGUGCCAGAUGCCCCAAAAGUCACAUUGGAUCAACAUGACAGUGUCUCUCAGGCAUCUACAGUGGAAAUAACUGACACAAAGAAGCGCAUAGAGAAUGACUUUGACGAUGAAUCUACGUCAAAUUCAUCUCUAUUGGAGGAGAAAGUGACUGAGGAAGUGGCUGAUGAACCGACAACAUGUUCAGUGUCCACGUCUGAAGUGGAAGUUCUGACGGAUGUCCAGGAAGAGGACGAGAAGGUUGAACUGAGGGAGAAGGUAGAAGUUCAGGAGAAUGAGGAAAAACAGGAUAUUGAGGAAGUGGCAGAAGCUGUUGAAGCAGCUCCUGAGGCAAAGCCUCAGCGUCCAGAUUCACUGGAUCUGUCCCAGGUGGCUAGUGUGGGCUUUGCCGGACAAACUCCGAUGCAGCCUGUGCCAGAGGGAGCUGUUGGGGGAGAAGAAGAGCCAUCAACUCAAAUGUCAACAUCCAGUUCGGAUGAUUUUACACCAAUGGCUCAGCCUCCGGCAGUUGAAAGUUCAGCCGAGAGGCGACUUUCGGCAUCCCAGGGUCAGCAACUGGGUAAAGUGGCUCCCUAUUGGAUUCCGGACAAUGUCACGAACUUCUGUAUGCAGUGCAACCUGAAAUUCUCCCUAAUAAAGCGUAGGCAUCAUUGUAGGGCCUGUGGUCAGGUGCUAUGCUCUACCUGCUGCUCCCUCAGAGCCAAACUCGAGUACCUGGGUGAUGUGGAGGCCAGAAUCUGUAUUCAAUGCGACGCAAUAAUGUCACGUGAUGCCGCAGAAAUGAUUAUGAAUAAUAAUACCGGCUGCCUCACGCGAUCUCCCAAUCCCAACAAUCCAAUGGAAUAUUGUUCAACAAUUCCGCCGCAUCAGCAAGUGUCAGGAUCAGCAUCUGGCCCGAUAGCCGUGAUGGUGCCGGCGGGUGUGUUGAAGAAGGAAGGUGCCCCAGGUCGAGGCAGAAAGGACAAGAAUGUCAUCUUCAGUGAUGGUAUUCGUCCGGGCUGUGAUCUAACUGAACUCGAUGGGGAUGAGAGUGAGGGCAGGUCGAGUCGAAGGAAUGGCAAUUGGCGCGUUCAGACACCACCUGGCCCUGUUGCUGCUGGACAGAAAUCCCGUUCAGCCAACAUUAAGCUGCCGAUAAAAGACAAAGUCACAGGCAGUUAUAUCCCAAAGGAGGAAAAUCUGCUGCCACCCAUCUACAUUGCCACAAAAACAGAUUUUCGCUUUGAGGAUGUCGUCAAUAAUUCUGCCCUCAUUGACAGACUGAAGCAGGAAACCCUCAAGUUUGCCAUCCAUCGCAAUUUCCAUGUCCACGUCAAGAUUAUCGAUCUCUCCUGCUGCAUGAAUCGCACCGUGUUCAGUUUUACAACACAUGGCCUGAGAUUUGUGGGACAGGAUGAGAUAGUAAUUCUGCUGGAGGUGGAUGAUUCAGCUCAGGUACCGAAGGAUAUUUUUUUGCAUCUGUGCGAGAUUUACACUGAGGCGGAUCGUGGACAAACAAUUACUGAAUUGGGUUUCUCACUGGCCUCCUCAAGUAGUUUUCUGGGAUCUCGUGAGCAUGGUGGCUUCCUCUACAUUCGUCCAACAUUCCAGUGUCUUCAGGGUGUCUGUUUGCCCGAACCGCCCUAUCUUAUUGGCAUUCUCAUUCACAAAUGGGAAAUUCCCUGGGCUAGGCUGUUUCCGCUGCGAUUGCAGCUGCGUCUUGGGGCGUACUAUCGCUACUACCCGAGUCCUCAUGUAUCAUUUCGAGGUCGUGAGAGUGUCUACACUGAGAUCUCGGACACCAUUAUCAACUUCCUGGCGGAUUUUCGUACUUACUCCUACACCCUCAGCUCAAUCCGUGGGCUACUGAUACACAUGGAGGAGGGACAUACCACGGUGAUGAUUCCUCGGAAUCGCUAUGAUCAAAUGAUGAAGGCCAUUAACAAUUCCAGCGACAAUAUCCUGGCCAUUGGUGGGAAUUUUUCACGCAAAGCCGAUGGACAUUUGGUUUGCAUUCAGAAUACGGAUUCUGAUAGUGGACAACUUCAUGCCUAUUCCACGCAGGCCAUCAAUAUCGAAGGACAUCCCAGGAAUGUCACAGGUGCUAGCUUUUUGGUGCUCAAUGGAGCACUGAAGAGCACUAGCGGUCUCACGGGAAAGUGCAGUAUCGUGGAGGAUGGACUGAUGGUGCAAAUUUUACCUACAAAAAUGGAAACUGUCAGAGCAGCCCUCAAGAAUAUGAAGGAUGUCACGAUAGUUUGCGGGGCAAUUGAUGCUGAUCCCAGUCAGACUGAGAGUGUUAAUAUUGUGUGGACGGAAAAUGAUUUGGAAUUCAAUGUUGGUGUUGUUUCACCCAUUGACAAUAAGAAAAUGGAUGGAAUUCCGAGUAUUCGUGUCCAUAAAGGCCAAGACUUCUCCAGUACUAAUCACAUCAUCCGUUGGACGGAAGUUUUCAUUCUCAAAGUGAGUGCAAGAAUUUCUUUGCUCCUUCAAUUACAAUUAAGAUUGAAUUCUUUACCAAAGGUUGAAGAUGAUUCGUCACAUUCUUCCGUAAAUAUCCCGAAAGUUGCUGAACAGAUUGCUCAGAGCACUGCAGUGGCACUUGUCUCUUUCCUAGAUCUAUUGGCGGCCAACGGAUUGAGAAGAAUUGGACUUCGGACGACAUUGGACCAGGAAACGGUGUGUUACGAAGCGGGAAGUCAUCAGCAGAAACUUCCUCCACUCUAUAUGGACGUCCUGGACAAUGAACUUAUUCCUACACUUCACAGGCAAGUAACAAAUCUACAGAUCGACAAUCCUAUUAUUGUUGAGCUAAUCUUUGAUAUUCUCGAUAAGUGAUUUCCGAUCUUUCCUCCCCUAAAUGUCCCUCUAUGAUUCUCCUUUGUCUCUCCACCCCCACCACCUCAUUUCCGUGUGCAAUUAAUUUGAGGGUGUUUUAAGUUGGGAUAUUUAUAAUCACACAAAUAUGUCAGUUAACAAUUGUGAAUAGAAAUAUCUCGCAUGAACCUUGAAAACAAAAAAAAAACAACAAGAAAUAUGAAUUUAAAGGGAAAACAGUUUGUAUGACUUUGUAUAUAAGGAAAUAACAAAUAAAAAAAUUAUUGAUAUGUUGUAAUAAGAUUGUUAAAUCAAGAUAAUGAAAAAAAUAGCAAAUAGAUUGAAAAGGCAUUUUAUGAAAUGAUGAAUAAAAAUAUUAAAUUGUGA